AUGUCAAACUUAAACAAGCUCGAUUUCACUGCUCUGGAAGCCUCCGGAAGAAACUACGUGAAGUUGGUUCAAGAAAUGAAGCUCCAUCUUACUGCAAAAGGUACUAGAGCCACCAUUGAGGCAUCCGCCAACAACAAACUCAUCGAUGAAGCCCAGAAAGCUAUUGCCAUGAUCUUCAUUCGAAGACACAUCCAUGAUGCACUGCAGACCAAGUACCUCACUGAAGAGGACCCACGCACCCUCUGCCUUUCUCUAGCUGGCCGUUUCAAUCACCCGAAAGACAUUUACUUGCCUGAAGCAAUACAUGACUGGCAACAUCUUCAGUUCCAAGGCUUUAAGUCUAUGAAUGAAUAA